GAAAUGUUGGAGAAAAUUGAGGUGAGACAGCUGGUGCAAGGUAUCCCAAUAGCGAUGACAGUUUUAGUAGGAUCUCCUAUGAGCUGGUCAGAGGAUCAACAGAUUGCAGUUGUCACUCAACUUGGGGCAUACAUAUUUGCUUGAGGACACAGCUACAUAUAAACAUCAGAUUUUCCUUUUGAGUGUGUAGUAUUCAGUCCUUGAAGAAAUUUAGUGACUUCAAGUGAAAAGUGAAGUUUGAUCUUUUUCAUUUUCAUUUAUGAUCGUAUUUAAUACUAUACUAGUUUAUUAAAGUUUAUAAUCUCCCUUUUUAGUUAUUCUUGAGUUUUUUUCAAAUAUGGCUUGCAUAUCAAGUUUAUUUUUGCUUAUCAUUUGUUGUCAAAUUGGUCAGUACUCAGUGUUGAGUCUUAAUAUUACCCAGCUUGUAUUUGGUGAAAAUACUAAGUACUUGCCAGCGGCCUUUGGUGAUUUUAACUCAGAUAAACUAACUGAUAUGUUUGUAGUGACUCAAGAUGGAAGAACCUUGAAAGUUUUGAUGUCUCAUGCAGAGUCCCCUUUAUUCCGUGAGCCAAACCCUCCUGAAGGUCCAUCGUGCACAUAUAAAACACUGAAAAUAGUGAGUGUAGUUCCUGGUGAUUUUGAUGGUAAUGGUGCAAUGGAUGUGAUGAUUGUUUCAUUAGGUAGCGUGACUAAAGUUUAUGAUAUUCAUAUUCUUUGGGGAAGUUUGAGGAAUAUGACCCUUGAAUGUGGCUAUGAAGAUUCUCCCCUUUUGAAGUUAUCAGGACAACCUCUGGUAAUGGAUAUGAAUGGAGAUAUGAUACCAGAUUUGUUUGGGGAAGAUGAAAACGGAACAAGAAAAUUUUGGGUGUUUGGUACAGACCGAAAGCCUCCAACUCCCCACUUAAUGUUUGCUGAUGGAAGUGAAAACCAUCCAAGGCUGAAGAUCCCAAGCUCACAUGCCUUUGUUGAUCUGAAUAGUGAUUUGGCUGCUGAUCUCUGGAUUACUGCAAAAACUCAGUUUGAAAUCUGGACUACAGCUGAAGGAGUGUAUCAGUUGAAUGAAACUAUUGACUUUCCUCCUGAUGUUGGGUAUAUUGGCCAAACAUCCUUCGCUGAUGUCAAUCUUGAUGGAAAUAUUGAUGCUGUGGUACCGGUAUGUUUUGACAAAAACACAGUGUUGUGUAAAAAGAAUUCUGUCUUUAUCUAUGAUUUUAUCAAAAAAGAAUGGAUUCAGAUAGAUGUCAUUUUUGAGGAUCCAUUAGGUAAUGCCUGGUCAUUUGCUACCAGUUCAUUAGGGGACUUGUAUACAGAAACCACAACACUUAGAGUUGGUGACUUUAAUCUAGAUGGCUAUCCUGAUUUCUUGGUCACACUCUUUGACCAGUCUAAAACACCUCGAGUAGUUUUGUUGGAGAAUAUCAAGUGCAGUGGAGAUUCUUGCAAGUAUCAUCGUAAUUUUGCACCAAAGUGGGAUUUGUUCAAGGAUUUUGGAAGAACAGUUCUGGGAACUUUCUUUGACUUUCAAGAAGAUGGUACUUUGGAUGUGCUGCUUGUUCAGAAGACUUCUGACAAUGAAUACCAGCUUGGUGUGUAUAAAGACGCCACAGAAUAUGAUGCCGUCUUUGUUAAGGUUCUUAUCCCUACUGGUCGCUGCUAUGGUGAGGAUUGUGCCUUGAAUAACAUUGCUUAUGGGACAAAUCAACCAGGUCCUUCUAUUACAUAUUCUAUUACAACUGCAACUGGGAGUAACCAGUGCUCCAAAGCAACGCAACUUCACCAGUCUGCUCAUCACUCCUUACAGCUUCCUUACACUGUGUUUGGCCUUGGACGCAACUGGAAUUUUGUCGAAGUUAUGAAAGUUGGUAUACCUCGUGGAAAUAAUUCAAUAACAUUGACUAGCAGUUUCACUCAAAUUAUUCCCAACUCUCAGCUGAUUGUCAUUCCUUACCCAAUGGAAAACCCUGAUCAGUGGGUGAGUAAGUUGUUCAUAACACCCAGCAAAGCAAUGCUAAUGACAGCAGGUGCUCUUAUUGGAACUUGUCUCUUUGUUGCAGCCAUUAUUGGCAUACUACAUCACAGGGAGAAGCAACAGGAUAAGAGAGAAAAGCAACAGGAGGCUCAUAAAUUCCAUUUUGAUGCUAUGUAAUGAUAUGUGUUAUUUCAUUACCCAGAACAUUUUGACCUUAGGUAACAAAAACCGUAACAGCUGACUUGUGUGUUUUAAAUAUUUAUUCUGUCUUUCUGCUUUGAAGAGUUCUUGAAAAAUAUCCUUUUUACAAAGCAGUGGUUAUUUUUUAUAAAUACAGCUGUAUCUGUAGACAAUUUUUUAUCCAGUUGUUAUUGCUUUUGGAUUACCUUGGGUCAUGGAAAUUGCAUAAGAGUGUAAUGCUGUUAUUCCUUUUGAAUAUUUAUAUAAUUUUUUAGGGAUAUUUUUCAUGCCAGUGUCUGAAUUAAGUUGAUUUACUGACUGGUUGUUUGAAAGAUAUUGUUGUGGAAACCAUGUGGUUGAUUAAGUCAUCAGUUGUAGUGCAGAACUCUGAAACCUGAACUUUGAACCUAGGGCAUGGAUCAUAGAGUUCUGAAGUAAUUUUUCUUCCUGAUAACUCUUAUUAUGAUAUUUUGUUAUGAAAUUGAGUGAAAAUGGAAGCAUCUAGAAAGAGCAUUUGCAUUCUUGAUAUAAUAUACCCAUAUAGCAUUAUUUUGCUGUGAUUGUGCAUGUAAAAUUUUGUAAGGUUAUUCUUGAUUUUAGG